AUGGCGAGUGCUGCCUUUCAAGUGGGCCGGCCCGACCUCUCCAUCAUUGUGCUGCUGGGCUUUGCCUUCUUUCUGCGGACAAUGGAGCUCUUGGCCCUGCCAUGUCAAGUGGUAAUUGCAAUCGUGUCCAGCAAAACCUCCCGUGGGCUUCAACAAUUCCUUUCUCUGCAUGAACCGGAGCUGGUCAAAGUUCUGCACUUUUUGUGGGACCGGGCACGCCCGAGUGGGCUGAUCUAUUCAUCCCCGCCUUUGGUAUUUCGGACUGUUAUCCAAGGGCGAUGGAAAGAUCAAUCCACUGCCCGGAUCUAUGUUGAUGAUGCCAGGGCCACGUUGGUUCAGUUGCUGCUCCCCGCCCACGUCACCGUCCAGCAGCAACGUCUCGCUUCUUUGUGGCGGGUGGCGGAGCCAGGUCAGCUGCCUUUGGACAGUUGGCUUGGGGAGUUGGCUGAGCUCCAGAGUGUAAGCCUUUGGAGUUCUGAACCUCCUAUGGGAGUGGCCGCCCAUGGGCGUGCUGGCAAGGGCGGUAAAGGUUUGGAUACCCUUCAGGAGCGUCAGCCCCAGCCCCUGACCUUUGCCACGGUUUCAGCCGUCAAGGCCAUUGCCGCCCUCCCCCAGGUCUUUGCAGCUGUCCGCCAACUUCGGUUCGCUGCCAUGCUGAUCAUGCUGGCGCACGCCUGGUUUCAGCUCAAGCACGCCAAGUGGUUCGAGUCACAGCACCUCACGAUGAAGGACACGAGAUGUUUUCCAGGGAUUUCGCUCUGGUGCUGUGCCUUGACUGAAAUGCGCAAGGAGCACGAAGUGCGGUCCGGACUGCCACCCGAAGCCACGGACGAGACGCAGAUCGCAUCUUGGCAGAAUGCAUCUCCCGACAAAUCGGCCGCGUGCUCAGCAAGAGAAUUUGGAGAGCUCCAGGCCCAUCCCGGCGAGACUGUGCGAUCCGUUUCCAUUGGCUACGAUGUCACGUCGCGUUGGGGCGAGGUAGAGGUUCUCCUGGAUCGCCACCUUGCCUUCGCCGAUGCCGAGGCCCGGGGUGGCCUCCCCGAAGGUGUCGGCUUGCGCCCCCGGCAGGAGGGUUCCAUACAGUGCUGGCAGGACGAGGACAGCGCUACGGUCCGCGAGUGGUUCAGGCCUGGCUCCGAAACUGCCAUGCUCGGCUCUGGAUAUGCCUGGUUGGUUUUCGCCAACCACCGCGACCGCGACGAGUCCCUGCACAAGAUGCUAUGCCUCGAGAAGGAUGGGCGAGGGAUCGUGUGGGAAGAUCCGGAGACUGGCCAGCGUCAAGUGUUGGACUUCGGGGUACCGCGCUGUGAGCCCACCAACGUCCGGUGGGAGCAUUUGGGCCUCGGCAUUUGCUGCCGUCGCGCGCUCUUCCUGGGCGCCUUGCUGCUCUGGCUUACUGCAGCAGGCUUCUUGGCCAUCAGCAUCUACGUACCUUAUGCGGAGUAUGUGACCUCCUUCUUGGAGGAGGCGGGCAAGUUCCCUCAAGGCUUCAUGAUGGGCCUGCUCGGAUUCCUGAUUGGACUGACGUGGUGGGCCAUGUGCAUGAUGAUAGGGACUUGCGUGAAUGUGGCGGGCUUCCAGACGAUUGAAGACGAGAACCUCUUCAUUUUCAUUACAUUCACCAUCUUCUGUGUUGCUGCCUCGGCCUUCAAUGUCUACCUGACCUGGUACUACACGCAGGACCUGUGGCAGCAUCACACCAGCAGCUGGUUUCAGAGAGUCAAAGGCUUCCUGUUGGACACCGGUGGCCCUGUGACGACGCUGCGGGACUUGAGGAAGGAGAUCGACUUCGGCUUCCGAGUCUUCCAAGUGCUGGUGCCGGGCGUGCUGUUCACUCCCUGUCUGCUGAGCCCGCUGAACAACUUCCUGAUUCCCUACUUUCGGGAGUCGGCUUUGUUGCUGCUCUUCGGACAAGGAAAGAGUGGCAGGGAAGCGGAGAGGUUCCUGGAGCCACUGCCCAUAGGCCUUGCCUGGGACUACCAGGGGCACGUGACGCUGCCUUGUUGCUGCUGUCUCACGCUCUUCAUCAUGUCCCCUUCCAUGUGGUGGACGCAGGCUUACCUUUGCGUCUGGGCCUUCUUCUUUUACUUCUUCCAGCGCUUCAUGCACCUCCGCGUCUGCAAAAAGAUGUACUGCACGUCGAACAAGCUGGACAGCAUGGUCCUCUACUUCGGCUGGGGCCUGCUCCUUGCGGAACUGGCGGCUUGCCACGCGUACUGGCGAGUUAGGCUUCAGGAGUGGCAGUGGAUUUCGAUCCUCAAGGCAGUGGCACUUUCUUACGCUGUCUACUGGUCGCUACUCUGGGCCUUGGGUGUUCCCUGGCCGCUGCGUUUUCGGGGCGAGCUCGACCGCUUGGAGCGCACACGAGAGAGAUCUGACGAUCGAUGCCAAAGCUGCGAGGACUUCUGCUACAACUGGCUCAACGUGAAUCCAGUUUACGUCUUGAAGAGCCAGUACUGCGCUGACGAGUUCGGCCUGGAUCCUUGCGUCUUCUACGAGCCUGGAAAGGAGUAUCUCCAGCUGGCUCCUGGCGACGGAGACCUGCACACAGCGCAGAGCCAGCGAUGGAAGAAAGCCAGUGCAGGCCUAUGGCUGGAGUUUGAAGGGCUGGGCUGCAUUGCGCCUAUUUGCUUCGACGAGGUGUGCACAGACGUAAGCAGUCCAACCAAGUCGGACUCAAGAAAUCGACUUCUGCGCGCUAGUGAGCAUGACUUGUCUUUUGGCGAGGCCGAUGCUACGCCAUUCCUGCAUGACGCCAAGGACUCCCCGUCUGCCUCGGCCGCCCUGGCAUCGGUCCCGGGCGACCAGGACCCAAUGGACGUCUCGGACUUCUUGGAGCCCAGCCCGCGGGAUGUGGCAACGCCCAGCACAUCGUCGGCAGCCAAGCGGCAGGUGCCCCCAGAUGUCAACGAUGCUCCAGAGCCAAGCGCCCGUGAUGCUGCGAGAGACCAGCCGAACAAACAGCGCGAGGCUCCCGAGAAGGCCUCCAAGGGCUUGGAGCAAAGCCCGAGCGAUGCAGCUGCACCCAGCGAGCCAACGCCUGUGCAGCACGAGGCUCCCGAGAAUGCCUCCAAGGGCUUGGAGCAAAGCCCGAGCGAUGCAGCUGCACCCAGCGAGCCAACGCCUGUGCAGCGCGAGGCUCCCGAGAAUGCCUCCAAGGGCUUGGAGCAAAGCCCGAGCGAUGCAGCUGCACCCAGCGAGCCAACGCCUGUGCAGCACGAGGCUCCCGAGAAUGCCUCCAAGGGCUUGGAGCAAAGCUCCUUGGUGGCAAAGUCCGGCGUUUCGAAUGCUCGUGGUGACGGAACGGCUUGGGUUGGUGGUGGUGAAUGUGCCGAUAUGGAAGGCCCGAGCGAUGCAGCUGCACCCAGCGAGCCAACGCCUGUGCAGCACGAGGCAGGUCCAGCCCGUUUGUACGCAGAAAAGAGCAUCGCAGGCGUGCGAAGCGGCAAAGUUGAUUCACAGUGGUUGCGAUCAAGUUUCGACACCGUACCAUGGGAGGCUCCCGAGAAUGCCUCCAAGGGCUUGGAGCAAAGCUCCUUGGUGGCAAAGUCCGGCGUUUCGAAUGCUCGUGGUGACGGAACGGCUUGGGUUGGUGGUGGUAAAUGUGCUGAUAUGGAAGGACACGAGCUGUAG